AUGUACAUUAAUAAUACAAUAUAAACUACCUCAUUUUGGAAAAUCUAUAGAGAACUACAAAGAAAUGUUUAACCCAUUAUAAAUUGUAUAUCUCCUUAGAAAAGGAUUAAGGCGAGAUCAUUUGAAAUCGCCUCAUAAAGUAUGUUAAUUGAUGAUGUUAAAAAUACAUCCAUAUAAAGACUAAGAAAAAUAAUCAGAUCUCCUACAAUCCUGACACAAUUCGGGAUUCCAAUUAGAAGAGCUUCCAAAGUGGAAAGAGCAGAUAUUUUAGAAAUUCUUUCAUAACGAAGUCUUGAUAUCUAAGAUUAAAAAAUUUAGCCACAAGGUAAAAUUAGAAGGGUGACCUUUCAUGAAUUUUAGGGACAAAAAUUAAAACGAUUGAAUAAUUUGGUGCCUCACACUCAAGUUUAUCAACAUUCUCAUGAAGCUAUUAUUGUUAAGAAGAAGAAAAUCAACAGAUUAAAGAAUCAAUACAAAUUUUUAUAGAGAUCGAGACAACGCAAAACCUAUGGAGAACAAAAAAGUAAGAGUUGCCCCCUCAAAAGAUUACCUAAAAUAACUCACAAGAGAGCCAAAUCCAUUGCAGAGUAAAUAUAUUAAGGACCUAUUCUUCCUAUUGAUUUUGAACUAUAAAGAAAAAUAGCUCUCUUAUGCUUUUAAAAACGGAGGAAUACAUUAUUGAUGUUUAGAAGAAAGACCUGUAUAUAAGAUCGUAAAACAUUACUUGUGCCCAAAGAGAAACUAUUAAAUUUUUAAGAAACUCUUUAAAAACAAUUUAAAUAACAUGAAGAUGCAUUUGAAACCUCAGGCGAAUCUUCGCCUAUGCCAAAUAAAUCAUUAUAAUUCAAACAAACCAUCAAUUUAAAAUCAAAACCAUAGAUUCUUGAAAAACCAUAAUUAACUCCAAGGUAUAUAAAUAAUAAUGAAUAUUCCAUUUUUCAUCGAAAAACCUCUUUUAACAUUAUUAAUAAAUACCUUUAAGAAAAGUAAGUCAGAAAUAAAUUUUGUUUAUCUCCACAAAACCAAUAAGUACCCAAAAUUAAAUCGCCAACACUAAAAGAAUUAAAUUUAUAUUUUCUGUCAACAAAGAGAAAUACUGAAAAUACUUCAAAAUAAUCGUAAUAUACAUAACAUAGCCAAUUGAAAUCUUAAAUUUCAAUUCAUACUUCAAGAUCUAAUGGUAUCAAAGAAAUAGAUGACUUACAAUUGCAUUAAACAAAAAUCCAAUAAAUACAAAAUUUUGAGUUUAAAAAACUAUCUCAAAAUACAUCAAUAACACACAUAAAAACUUUACCUUGUGAGCAUCAAGGAUCUAAAACAAAAUAAUUUUAUCUAAAAAAAUUAAAACCAUAUUAUUAGUGA